CACCUUCUCAAUAUUCUCUUUCUCUCUCUCUCUCUCCUCAGAUCCAUUUCUGUUUUAUCAUUUUCUCAAGCUCUUAGAUCUGCAAGGUUAUCACCGACAACUAGGGAGUUCGAGUCUCUCAAAGUCUGAAGCUUUUAUCCUUUUCUUGUCCUUCUCCUUUUGUCCUUUGAGCAUUUUUUGAUGGUGGCGGUGGUGCUGAGGGAAGAUUUUGCAAGAGAAUAGAAAAUUGGAAGUGGGGUUUUCAUGGUUGAUGAGCAGAAGCGGAGUUUGAAGAGGAGAGUUAGAAGGAAAACGAUCGUGCGGCCCUUCAAUCUGAGUUGGUUUCUGGCUGUGUAAAUGCGGCUAACUUUCUCAUAGAAGAAGAAGAAGAAGCAGAAGCAGCAGCAGCAGCAGUAGUAAAAGAGAAGAGAGGAGACAGUUGUUCCUUAACAAGAACGAGAAAGGGUAUUUUAGGGUGUCUGUGAUUUUAGUGGGUUUUGGAAAAAAAAAAGAUGCAGCGAGAUCAUCCAAAGAAGGACUUAAAAGAUCUGGACUUUUUCACCGAGUAUGGGGAUGCCAAUAGAUACAAAAUUCUGGAAGUUAUAGGAAAGGGAAGCUAUGGAGUUGUUUGUGCAGCAAUUGACACUCAUACUGGAGAAAAAGUUGCAAUAAAAAAGAUUCAUGAUGUUUUUGAGCACAACUCUGAUGCUAUUCGGAUCUUGCGAGAAGUCAAGUUACUUAGGCUUUUACGACAUCCUGAUAUUGUGGAAAUUAAACGCAUCAUGUUGCCAUCCUCCAAGAGGGAGUUUAAAGACAUAUUUGUUGUGUUUGAGCUCAUGGAGUCUGAUCUUCACCAAGUUAUCAAAGCUAAUGAUGAUUUGACCCGUGAACACCAUCAGUUUUUUCUUUAUCAGAUGUUACGAGCAUUGAAAUACAUGCAUACUGCAAAUGUUUACCAUAGAGAUCUUAAACCCAAGAAUAUAUUGGCUAAUGCAAAUUGCAAGCUUAAAGUUUGUGACUUUGGACUCGCUAGAGUAGCAUUUAGCGAUACACCAACCACUGUUUUUUGGACGGACUAUGUUGCGACAAGAUGGUAUAGGGCUCCAGAGCUGUGUGGAUCUUUUUUUUCAAAGUAUACACCAGCAAUUGAUAUUUGGAGUAUUGGCUGCAUAUUUGCUGAGGUAUUGACAGGGAAGCCAUUGUUCCCGGGUAAAAGUGUUGUUCAUCAGUUAGAUUUGAUCACUGAUCUUCUUGGGACUCCUUCACCAGAAACUAUUUCUGGAGUUCGAAAUGAGAAGGCAAGGAAGUACUUGACAGAAAUGAGGAAAAAGAAGCCUGUGCCAUGUACUCUCAAAUUUCCAAAUGCAGAUCCUUUAGCACUUAAGCUGUUGCAAAGGCUUUUAGCAUUUGACCCAAAAGAUCGACCAACUGCUGAAGAGGCAUUGGCUGAUCCUUACUUUAAGGGCUUAGCAAAAAUUGAGAGAGAACCUUCUUGUCAGCCAAUCUCAAAGUUGGAGUUUGAGUUUGAGAGGCGGAGGGUGACAAAGGAGGACAUCCGGGAAUUGCUAUACCGCGAAAUACUGGAGUAUCAUCCGCAGCUGCUCAAAGACUACAUGAAUGGAAAUGAAGGCACUAACUUUCUCUAUCCUAGUGCAAUAGGUCAAUUUAGAAAGCAGUUUGCCUACCUCGAGGAAAACAGUGGUCGAAGUGCGCCAGUGAUUCCCCUAGAGAGGAAGCAUGUCUCCCUUCCACGAUCUACUGUACACACAAAUACAAUCCCCCCUAAUAUGCAUCCUAGUUCAACUGCAUUUGAUCACCGGCAUGUUGCAGAAGACGCUUGUAAAAACUAUAGAGCAGCAGAUGCAAUUUCUGGAAAUGCAAUGAAGGUUUCUCGCCCUCCCCCCAGGGUACCAACAGGGUGUACAGCAAAGCCAGGGAGAGUAGUUGGAUCGGUUGUACCAUAUGAGAAUGGCAGAAACAUCAAAGAUGCCUAUGAUGCAAGGAUAUUUUAUAGAAAUGCAGUCCUCCCUCCACAGCAGACAGUCUCUCCCCACUGUUUCUUCAUGAACAACACAUUGACACGAGGAAAGUCGACAGAGUCUGAGAAGGAUACUUCCCAAGCAAAACAACCAGAGUGUAAAAUGGCGGCAAAACCAGCACCAGUCAUGGCCAUUGAAAUGAACGCCAACCCCUAUUAUCAACCAAAAGCUAAGGUGGAACAAUUAAAUGAGCGAAUUGCUAUCGAUGCAAAACUGCUGCAGGCACAAUCCCAAUUUGGUGCAGCUGCCGUCGCUGUAGCUGCUCAUAGGAAUGUGGGAACGGUUCAAUAUGGAUUGUCCUAAGGUGCAAAGACCUAAUCAAGAAUGUUAAGAAAUCAGAGAGAUCUACGAGUCUCAUCCUUGAGAGGUCUUUUACAGUCCUUGCAGUAUCUAUUUAAGUCCUCGUGUAAGUAGAAUCUUAAAUCAUUGAUUUUUUAAUGAAAAUAAAUUCUCUUAGUAUUAGAAGAAAAA